AUGGACGAAGACGAUAAAGAACUUAUUACUAUAUUGUAUGAUUUCUACAACUAUGAUGCCGGAGACACAAAAUUCAGUCAACGUUUUUCAAAGUUUACACAGGUUAACUUCUUUUUGCCUCUUUAUUUUGAGUUACAUCCCGAAUGGCAAGAUUUUGUGGUUGUUAUCACUUUGCUCUCAAUCAAUUCCUCAUUUGAAGAUGCAAUUGAUGAUGCUAUUGAAAAGCUUCUUGCUCGUAUGUAUAAAGUUGGGAGAGUUGAGCAGUUGGAAACAGCAGAUCAAGCAAAAUCAAGAGGCAAUUCUUCUGUAAUUCAAAGGAAAUUGGUACAGGUGCUUACACCAUCAACGUUGAUUCAUGGUAAUAUUGGGCCUCAAGCUGUUCAUCUUCUUUCUCUAAAGGAGGGUACAAGUGAUCCUGCUGACGGUACAACUGCAUUUGGAUUUGCCUUUGUCGACUGUGCCUCUUUACAGUUCUGGAUUGGAUCCGUCACUGAUGAUGCUUCCUGUGCGGCUUUAGGGGCUUUAUUGAUGCAGUAGAGGAGAAGAUGCAAGAAAGUCAUAAGCGAACGGAUGUAUUGGUAAAACAGGAAGAGAUACAAGAGACUCCCCACAUUUUGUUUUUAUUGUUUUGUCCAGCUACUUGACUAUUUUGAACUCUUCUUGUUUUUAAUUACAUCUACUUCCUUGUUUUGUACUCUUCUUGUAGAAGAUCACCAAAGAAUCGAUAAACUAACAGAAAAACCAGUGCCAUCAUAUCACGAAUAAGAAAACUAACUUAAGUACUA